AUGUACCAAAAAGUGUUACUUCUAUCACUAUUCCUAACUCUAAGUUCAGCCAUCAAAGAUGAUCUUGGAUUUCGGUAUAUCAGCAAAGUUUACGAAGACUGCCAGAAUUCCAAUGGAUUUGUACCGUGUUUGAAGAAGAAGGCUAUAUUGUUUUUUGAUCGAGCAGCAAGGAUGGAUGUGAUACCUCUAGUUGCUGGUCUGGAUGUAGUAAAGACGACGAAUAUGGAAAUGCCUACUAUAAACGAAAAUGAUAUAGAGGCAGUGUUACCGAGGAAUUUGGGGAAAGACGAAGCUUUGACGGAGAUGCUUUGGGAUCGGAUUGCAGCGUUCGCGAAUUCGAGGACAGUGCAGCUGUCUUUACCGAAGAUAUCUGGACAGGAUCUGAAUAAAGGCGUUGAAGAAGGUCGAGGAAAGAUGAAGAAGAUGAUGGGGAUGAUGAUGAUGGGAGGUGCUAUGAAGAUGGCAGCCAUGAUCCCGCUGGCGAUAGCUGGCCUGUUCGUGUUGGCGGGGAAGGCGUUGAUCGUGUCAAAGAUCGCUCUCCUCCUAUCAGGGAUCAUGCUCCUGAAAAAGUUGAUGUCAGCGAAGAGUGGCGGCGGCGGUGGCGGCGGCCAUGACAGUCACGGCUGGUCCUCUGGUGGUAGCAGCGGGGGGUGGGAUAGGCGCGCGUAUGACGAGCUGCCUUACUCCGCGUAUAAGAGGGAGUAAGACUCCUCUGAGGAAGGGAAUUUGGGAGUAGGUUUUAGAUGGCGUGAUGUGGGUAUUGGAUACUUACUUUAACCUUGUUAUUUCUUUUUUGUAAUGGAGGCCGGUUGUCAGAUUCUAAAACAUAAUCUGACGGCCAGUGACGUAUAAUUGACUUUCAGUCUUCAGUUAUGUUUGGGGAUUUCUUAAAAAUUACAAACCAUUUUCAGCAUUGAAUAAAAUUAAUAUAGGUAUGGAACAUUUUUGUCCAUUGCCAUUUUUUUGCUAUUGUGUCCUGCAUUAAUAUUUUUCGGUCAGAUUUUUUUCUAGACAUCAAGAGAAGUUUUUUUAUGCCCAAAAUUAUUUCGAUUAUCUUCUCUCCCUCUAUAAUACCUAAAUCAUCUUUUAUCUGAUUAUUACAAAGAAGUAUUAAAGCUCUCAUUUAGAUGCAGUCUUCAUGCAAAAUGCUGAAAUAAUCAACACUGAAAUGAGCCCUUUGAGAUUUGUAUCCAAUAACCCAUAUCAAGUAAACCUAUAUAGUAAUUUUACGUCCAAAUAUUAGACAACAAUUUAAUUUAUUUUAAUGUACUUAUACCUAGAUAAUGUUUUGCAUACGGGACACUUGUUUUUUCUAAAAUUAAUUUAUUUGUGCUUAUAAUAAAUAAAUUAAAUAAUUGCUAUAUUUUUGUAAGCCCACCAUUCAAAAAACAAGU